GUGUGCGGUGCGGGGUGUGCGGUGUGGAGUAUCCAGCGCAGGAGCCCGAGAAGCCGCUGCUGCCCCUUGGGACCGGGCACGGUCAGGAACAAAAACGAGAAUUCAGGUUGUUGCUGGAAAGAUGUCCUUGGAUUUGUUUAGAGCAGAAGGUGAGCGUUUCUGCAUUGGGAAGAAGUUCCUGCGACAGCAGCACAGGAUGGUCAGGCAGCCUGCUUGAGCCAGAGCUCACCUGUGAAGUUCUGGCUCUUCUUGCUGUGUGAGGGUGUGUGGUCCCAAACCAGCCUGUUUCUGUGACACCACUGGUACUGCUCCCAGCAGGGAAGACUGGGAUUGACCUUCCAUGCCUCACUCGCUGCUUCAGCCAUCCAGGUCACAGGUGAUGGGCUUUCUUGAGGAGUUUGACCAUUACUCUUCCCUGGCCAAACUCAUGUCCAUCUACCACGCAACCAACAGGAGCAUCUUCAACUGGACAGAGAGCCGCAUUGUUGAGUGGGAGAAAUUUGCUGAGCUAGCUAAAUAUGAGCCAGAAUCCCAGAAACCAACAGUGAAAGCGCUGCUAAUCAUGGCAUACUCGGUCAUUAUUGUCACGUCUCUCUUUGGGAACAUGCUGGUGUGCCACGUGGUGCUGAAGAACAAGAGGAUGCACUCAGCCACCAGCCUCUUUAUCGUCAACCUGGCGGUGUCAGACAUCAUGAUCACACUGCUCAACACACCUUUCACCUUGGUCCGCUUUGUGAACAGCACGUGGGUUUUUGGAAAGGCCAUGUGCCACAUCAGCCGCUUUGUGCAGUACUGCUCCCUCCACGUGUCCACACUGACCCUGACGGCCAUCGCUCUCGACAGGCACCAGGUCAUCCUGAACCCUCUGAAGCAGAGAAUGUCCCUGACAAAGGGAGCUCUGAGCAUCUCUGUUAUCUGGCUGAUGGCAACCUGUUUCUCCCUGCCCCAUGCUGUCUAUCAAAAGCUUUUCCAGUAUAACUACAGGGAAGCCACUGUCCGGAGUCUGUGCCUCCCUGACUUCCCCGAGCCUGCAGAGUUGGUCUGGAAGUAUCUGGACCUGUCUACCUUUCUCCUCCUUUACCUCCUGCCCCUGCUGAUCAUCACCGUCACCUACAUGCGCCUGGCCAAGAAGCUGUGGCUCCGCAAUGCCAUCGGGGACGUCACCAGGCAGCAGUACGUCACCCACCACAGGAACAAGAAGAAGAGCAUCAAGAUGCUGGUGCUGGUGGUGGUGGUCUUUGCAGUCUGCUGGUUCCCCCUGAACUGCUACGUGGUGCUGAUCUCCAGCCUGGGCAUCAAGACAAGGAACUCGCUCUAUUUCGCGCUGCACUGGUUCGCCAUGAGCAGCACCUGCUACAACCCCUUCAUCUACUGCUGGCUGAACGAGAGCUUCCGCACGGGGCUGCGCUCCCUGCUCUGCAUCUGCCAGAAGGGGACACAGCCUCGGGAGCAGGCGCUGCCACCCAGGGCCACGUCCUGCCGCGAGGCGUGGCUGGAGCAGGCCCGCUGCAGGAAGGGACCGGCCUCCCAGGCCAGCUGCUCCACCAGGAACCUCCCGACAGCCAACACGGACCUGUGAGCCACGGGGCUGAGGGGACCUGCCUGCUUGUGGCAGGCACCAAAGGGCAUCUCCCAGUCUCUCCUCGGGAGCCAGCAUUGCUGCUCUCUUGUUUUACUGCUGAUUUUUUGGCUUGUCUUACUCUAGCCGCUCCUCUGCUUGGCGUGGUGGGCACACAGCCUUUCCAGCACUCUACCAGUGAAACCCACGCUGCAGCUGGCCCAGGGGGCAGGAAUAUGUGCAGGGGACAUGGAGCUUCUCAGACAUCGUGAUCUGCUUUCAGGUUUUCCCAUUUAUUGCUAUCAGAGGGAGUGGACCCAGGUUUCUGCCACUGGCUGUAACACGUGUGAUAACGUGGGGCUCUGCACAGCAGCAGAAACAAAUCCGUGAUGACAGGUGUCUGAAGGAAGGACUUGGGCAUGCAGAUGAACUCCAUCCACAGGGAGCCUCACCAAUUAGUGUAUAGCAAAGCCUCCUACAGAGGUAAGGGUUGUUUACAGAGAUUUUGCUGUCAGAUUCUGCUGCUCCUCCUGCCCUGUCUGUCCCCCCCACAGCAGCUGGAAGCCAGCCCUAGACAAGGGGAGCAGGGAUGCACCCCAGGAGCCAUGGCUGUAGGCUCAGAUGGCACGAUGACAGAUUCAUGUAGUCCACUGAGAAGUUAUUUUUAUUAUAAAUAUAUUUAUUCAGUAAAGAGAGCUACACUGGCACUUUAUAAAAGGCCACAAAAUAUUUCAUCAGGGCUGUAGCAUUCACUCACUGAAGAAUGGAAUCAUUCUGCAUUGUUACUGGUUGCUGUAAAAGUCUCAUUUAAACAACAGGAGGGCAAGAAAGGGCCAGAAGGAAUGUUCUGUGAGGAGCAACCAAGGACUCUGGGGCUGUCUGGUUGGUGCAAGCCAGGUGAUGGAUUUCAGUAGCCCAAGGGCAGCCGUGUCUGCUGGGGGGCUCCUGGUCUGCCCUGGUGAUAGCCUAGACACACCUUCAGCCCAGAGAGGCAGUGGGGGAGCUGGGUGGCUUGAGGGAAUAAGAACAUACUCCCACCACCUUCCCAGGGGAGAAUAAGCCAGACCAAAGAAGGGAAACUAAGGACUGAUUUUUUUUUUUUUUAAUUUUUUUUUUUUUU